AAUGGUCCCAGAACUGGGAGUUCACAUCCUCGACUUGUCUGUACAUGUCCGGCUUUGGGGGGGUUUGGCAGCCCAUUCAUGAAUGGGAGUUCAAAAAGAAUCCGCGGGCUGAGACCCGUUGCCCCCCCCCCCCCCCAGUCUGCAGUAUCACUGAUGGAGGGAUCGGAGCUGCAGCCCGAGGACGGACGCCUGGAGGACUUCCCCAGGACCCCGCUGUGGAUCCUAGAGCAUGUCUGGGCCCACCAGAUCAUCGACAUCCAGGAAGUUGUGGACCCUUCCAAUUGGCCCGAUGUGGACUCGCAGCCUCUGAGCCUUGAAGACUCAUGGAGGCUGCAUGUUGCCUCUGCCCGGGUAUAUUCCACCGUGAAGACCAGGGACAUGGAGCACUUUGAGAGAGUGAUAAGCUUUCUGGAAGCCACUUACACACUUCUGCCCAGACUGGUGGCUCCCAUCAAACACAUGAAGAUCAUGUUUGGCCUCAAGACCAUGGUCAUUAUGUGGAUGCUCAGGGGGGGCCGAGGAAUGGUUGAUACUCUGUUUAAAAUCAGCAAGUUCUUCCCAAGUAAACUACCUCAAUACCAAGAUCAAUGUAGCCAACAUGAAAUGUUCCUGAUGAGGAAGAACCAUGUGGACUUCAAGGCUCUGGCACAGGCACUUGCUAUGGACAAGGUCAAACUUGAAGAUUAUAUGAAGGAUCAGAUGGAGGAGCAGUAUGGUGAACAUUAUGCCCAGAAAGUAGAGGACAGACUGCUGCACUACCUACACCAGCUGGAGACGGUGUUACCACGAGAGACCUACAUAGAUAAGAUACUGAAGCAAGAAAACCCUGCGACUGAGGAGGAGAAGCUGUUGUUAGAAGUCAUUUCCUCAGACUCCACGAACAUAGCAGCAACUCUAAAGAAGCUGCUGCACUGUGAUGUUGCUUCCUGUCACCUGGGCAGGAUUUCUCAGUCCUCAGCCAAUGGAACGAAUGGAAUGAGAAUGUCUGCUCGGUAUGGCAGCUCCUCCAAGGCUCUCCUCCAGUCAGCGGAAGCCCAGGCCCCCCCACAGUUACAGCCAGAGGUUUUCUGGGGAGGAGAGACAGCUGACCAACUUGUCUCCAACAACAACCCUCUUUUCUUGGAGAAGGACAAUGUUUCAGAUGUUAGCAGCCAUCACCAAACAGAAGAGGGUGGUGAGGUAGUCAAGGAACAGGACAAGGAAAAGGAGGAAAUCAGUCGAAGGAGCAAUGAAGGUGGUCAGGAGGCUUCCUCCUCCCCCCACUUCUGCUCUAAACACCAGCGGUGGGUGAAGAGCAUCCUGCAGGAGUGUCCCGCCGAGUGCUCCGAAGAGCUGCGGCUUCAGGACAAUGGUUCUUCCUCUCCCCUACUGUUUCAGUUGUCCUCGUCUACCACUUCAUCACAAGAACUCACGCCCUCUGACCUCCUUCCAUGCCCCCCUGACCAACAGCAUCCACCUUCACAGACCUCAGCUCAGGUAUCUAAUCAAGGUAAACCUGAAGAUGAGCAGAUGCGUGGAUCAGCAAGGGAUGCAUCUCAAACGGAACUUCUACCACAGCCCUCUUCAUCCAGAGACACUCCGCUGCCCGUCCUGUUGUCGCCAGUAGUCCGGCUGGUGGACAUUGCCUCUGUCGGAAAGAUCUACCCUACCUUUAAACCCCAUCAAGCAGCUCCAAAUCACUUCGCAAUGUCUAGUCACGAAAGGCCUCUGGCACUAACUUCUCCACACCGCUAUGCCUCAAGGAACAAUACCAUACCUCGAGGAACGAUGAGAGACUUCAUGUUUGACCAACCAGACACUGUGGCCCCAACAAAUUCCCUGAACACAGCGUACAAGGUGCAAACGGCUCCUUUAUCUCACGAUGCAUCUACAUCAACCAGCUGUCAACCACCAACUCGACGGGUUUGUUCCAAAUUUUCAAGAAAGUUUCAACGGGCUUGUACUACCACCAGACAUUCACAGGCUCUGGACGGAUUUAGUCAGAACCCUUUAGCUGAGCAGCACGUAGCUACCUUUAGGACGAGUUCGCCCCUACGUGACUUCAAUGUCUAUGAGUUUCCAGAAGGUUCUGCCUCUGCUGCUCAAUCAGGGACUCUAUCGACAGUCUGUACUGCUAAACAAACCCCCUUAUCAACUGAAUUAUCUGGCCAAGUUGUCUCUCAGAAAUCUACCUCCAACUCCAAUUGCCCGACUGUCAGCUCUGAGUCCAGCAGGGUCCUAAGAGCACAGCUGAGGCUAUCCCUGCCAAGUCAGGCUGUGCUGCUGCAGUCCAAGCUGCUACAGCCCUAUGUGACUCUCAACAGACUGAGCACGCCGCAGUGUUACAGAGGGACAAAACGAAGGUCCUCCACCAGAAAUGUAGAUCCUGUGGUACAAGUAGACCAUGAUGACAAUGAUGAGGAAGAAGAUGCAGAUUCCUCUUUUGAUCCAAACACUCUUUACUCCAGUCAUUCUUCUAGUAGUGACAUUGAGGACUCGCUUGAUUGUGACCCUGAUUACAAACCUUUCUUCAAAAAGAAAAGACUUAUCUUAGAGUAUGAGACUGCAAGGAUCCUGAAUCAGUUAUAAAAACAAUCAGACUUUAGCCUGGCCUAUACUGGCUUUCUGACCCCAAUACUCAUAUUGAUAAUCGGUAAAGAUAUAUUGACCAAUGGUGUUUUCUUUAUCAUUAACAAAGAAUCUGGAUACGCACCAUUAGAUUUUUAAUGUUUUUAAGAAUUCUGGACAAGAUAAAAUAGUGGUACAUUUUAUAGUGUAGAAUUGCCAGUGCACUCUGAUGGAUGAAAUAUUAAAUGGUGACACUGUUUCUAAAUAACCUCAAACCUAGUUUUUACAUUUCUGUACCAUUUCUUGUUACUUAGAAAGCCACCAUCUUCCUUCUUUGGUCACUUACUAUGGUAUUAUCUUAAAUGUUUGGGUUUUGUAACCAUAUAAAAUGGUUUAUGGAGGUAGAUUUGUUUACAAAUCAAAAUUAGUAACCCGGGGGGCUUGUGGACUCGGCCUGGUGAUACGUUAUUGUCAGUCAGUCAGCCAGUGGUCCAGGCUGAAAUAUCUCUACAACUGUUAAAUGGAUUGCCAUGAAAGUAAAUAAUGGAUGAAGCUUCAGUUUCAGAAAAGCAAAGCCAAUGCAGAAGUGCCUUAAUCCUGCGCUCUGUCUCAUUUCCAGCGGGGGGGGGACCCCACUGGUUACAAAAAGAAGUGUGUUUCUAUAGAAGUCUAUGGGGGAAAUAACCCGACUUUUCACUUGACUUAUUACCUCAAGAAACUUUUUCCUGAGUUAAUAACUUCAAUCACCACUUUCAAGUGUUCUUCAAUAGUACAUUAUGGUCCCAUUUAUUUAAAAAUAGACAAUAAAGCAGGGAUAAUUUAGGGGCGUGGCUACCCACUGAGCUGUCAAUCAUCACAGAGGCUACGCAAUGCGUAUCCAUGACACUGUGGACAUUAAAGUAGCUGUGAGCAUGU